AUGACUGAAACCGAAGUUGAUGUUGAACAGAUUUAUAAAGCUUAUGACGCAAUUAAUAAUGCCGGCGAUAAAACAGCAGAGGUUAAACAUUCAUAUGAAAUUUUGAUCGUUGGUGCUCACGGCUCAAGUAAUUGUAAACAACUUGCUGCUCAAUUUAUCCCUCGCUUCUUUGGCAAGUUUCCCGAGUAUUACGAGAAUGCUUUGGAUGCGUUGUUCGAUCUUUGUGAAGACACUGAUAUAAAAGUGCGUUUAAUGGUUAUCAAGUAUAUGCCAAAUGUCGUUAAAGAAUGCAACAAGUUCUCGGUUAGAAUUGCUGAUGCAUUAGUACAAUUAUUAGAAAAUGAAACUACACGUGAAAUUACGGCAGUGAAGAAAGCUCUUGAACAAGUUCUUCGCUUAGAUCCAGGAACAAUACCUGCAAUUUUUAAUCAGUCAUUAAAGGGGUCAACUGAAGUUCGCCAGAGAACAAUUGGCUUUUUAUCCAAUGAUUUGAAUAGGAUUAAAGCGGAAUUAUCACAGCAAAAUAAUGAUUGGGAAUCAAAGUUUUCUGAAGAAAUGAUAAAAGCGCUUCACGACGCGAAUGCUACGGAUUAUGAGAAUUUUAUUAAGAUGUUAUUGUCAUUGAAUAUGUAUGAAAAAAAAGAAAAUUUAAAGGCAUUGUCCAAUUCAAUUGUCGAUGCAAUUGCUAGGGAAGACGAACAAUUUGAUCCCUCCAAUGAAAAUACUGUUAAUAAAUUUAUAAUGUGUGGGAAAACUUUGAUACAGCUUUUUGAGAAAGGUAUAUCCACCACACCAUUACUUGUUUUCUUAGUGAAAAAAAUAUUGCCACAAGAUGUAUAUUGCAAAUUACAAGCCAGGCAACAGAGAAACGUUUUACGAUAUCUUGUUGAGUUCAUUAUCCGAAAUCCAACCGAGGUUACUUUAAGAGAAGCGGCGCCAUUGUUAAAAGUUAUAUUUGUGAAUGAAGUUCCGGAACCUCCUUCAGAUAAUAUUGAUGAGGAUCCAAAAAUAGAUUUAAUUAAAGUAGAAAACAUUGUUUAUACGAUUUAUACUAUUGCCUUCAAGGUUCCGACAAUUACUGAAGGUCAAGAAGUGAAUUGUCGGUUCGUUAUCCAUCAUUUAUAA